GUUCUUUGUUGGGAAGGGGGGUGGGGGAGCUGCAAAACAGCUCAGUGCUGCCAUGGUUAGCAGAGGCUUGGUACACAGGAGUGUAGACACAGGUGCUGUUGUGCGUUUAAGGUGCUGGGCGGCCAGAGGAUGCAGAACAUGCUCAGAUUAAAGUCUGAUUAGACGGUCAUGGAAAGGAGACAUAAAAUGGAGAAGGUUAUCGGAGAGACCUAGCGUAGCCCCAGGAAUGCAUGUGUGCACUCCUAGUGCUCUGCCAAGUGCACUCCCAGGACGCUGCUUGGCAUGCAGCCUCUGAUAAAUACACUCCUCCCCCAGUUCCCGGCGAGCCCUGAGACGAACAGCAGACUUUUUGUUCCAUUCUAAUUUUUAGGCAAAACCAAAAUGCCCGUCACAAAGCCCUGUUUUCCCUGCUACUCCCCUGCCCCCAGUCUAGAGGUAUCACAUUUUUGGGUGCGUCAUUUUGGGGUGGUUUAACAAGAUGAGCCGAUAGGGCUCCCAGGCUGCCCGGAGUUACGUAACCCAUUGUGCUUCCAGGGCAGCUCAGUCUUAGGAUUUGCCCUAACAGGCACACUCCGAAAACUGCUGAGGAAGGCAGGCGAGGGUGGCCGUGCCCAGGCUGGGUUCUCAUGGAGGAUCUCUUCUCUCUCUGAAUUGCAUUUGGAGUUCACGUCCACACAUGGCAUUGGUUUUUCAAUUCGGGCAGCCCGUAAGGGCCCAGACUCUGCCAGGACUCGGCCAAGGCAAGCUUAUUCGGACAAACUCAUGUGAUGUGUGCAACAGCACCGAUCUUCCGGAAGUCGAGAUCAUUAGCCUGCUGGAGGAGCAGCUGCCCCAUUAUAAGUUAAGAGCCGAUACCAUCUACGGUUAUGACCACGACGACUGGCUCCAUACACCUCUUAUUUCUCCAGAUGCCAACGUUGACCUCACAACCGAGCAAAUUGAAGAGACGCUAAAAUACUUCCUUUUAUGUGCUGAAAGAGUUGGCCAGAUGACUAAGACAUAUAAUGACACAGAUGCUGUCACUCGGCUUCUUGAGGAGAAAGAGCGGGAUUUAGAAUUGGCUGCUCGGAUCGGCCAGUCAUUGUUGAAGAAGAACAAGACGCUAACGGAGAGGAACGAGCUGCUGGAGGAGCAAGUGGAACACAUCAGGGAGGAGGUGUCUCAGCUCCGGCAUGAGCUGUCCAUGAAAGAUGAGCUGCUUCAGUUCUACACCAGCGCCGCGGAGGAGAGUGAGCCCGAGUCUGUUUGCUCAACCCCGUUGAAGAGGAAUGAGUCAUCCUCCUCAGUCCAGAAUUACUUUCAUUUGGAUUCUCUUCAGAAGAAGCUGAAAGACCUUGAAGAGGAGAAUGUGGUGCUUCGAUCCGAGGCCUGCCAGCUGAAGACGGAGACCAUCACCUAUGAGGAGAAGGAGCAGCAGCUGGUCAACGACUGCGUGAAGGAGCUGCGAGAUGCCAACGUCCAAAUUGCUAGUAUCUCGGAGGAAUUGGCCAAGAAGACUGAAGAUGCUGCCCGACAGCAAGAGGAGAUCACACACCUGCUGUCACAAAUCGUUGAUUUGCAGAAAAAGGCAAAAGCUUGCGCGGUGGAAAACGAAGAACUCGUCCAGCACCUGGGGGCUGCUAAGGAUGCCCAGCGGCAGCUCACGGCCGAACUACGUGAGCUGGAGGACAAAUACGCAGAGUGCAUGGAGAUGCUUCACGAGGCGCAGGAGGAGCUGAAGAACCUCCGGAACAAAACCAUGCCCAACACCACCUCCCGGCGCUACCAUUCGCUGGGCCUGUUUCCCAUGGACUCCUUGGCAGCAGAGAUCGAGGGAACCAUGCGCAAGGAGCUGCAGCUGGAAGAGCCCGAGUCUCCAGACAUCACUCACCAGAAGCGAGUCUUUGAGACAGUGAGAAACAUCAACCAGGUGGUCAAGCAGAGGUCUCUGACCCCUUCCCCCAUGAACAUCCCCGGCUCCAACCAGUCCUCGGCCAUGAACUCCCUCCUGUCCAGUUGCGUCAGCACCCCCCGGUCCAGCUUCUAUGGCAGUGAUGUUGGCAACGUUGUCCUUGAUAACAAGACCAACAGCAUCAUCCUGGAAACAGAUGGAGCAGACCUGGGAAACGAGGAGCCGAGUAAGAAGCCGGGGACGCCGGGCACGCCCGGCUCCCACGACCUGGAGACGGCGCUGCGGCGGCUGUCCCUGCGCCGGGAGAACUACCUCUCGGAGCGGAGGUUCUUCGAGGAGGAGCAGGAGCGCAAGCUGCGGGCGCUGGCGGAGCGGGGCUCACCCCCCGAGAGCGUGGCGUCCCUGGGCGCGCACUCCCGCCUCUCCGAGCUCUCCGGCCUCUCCGGCGUGGCCUUCGGCGGCCGCUCCUACCUGCCCGAGAAGCUGCAGAUCGUGAAGCCGCUGGAAGGUUCUGCCACCCUUCACCACUGGCAGCAGUUGGCCCAGCCUCACCUUGGGGGCAUCCUGGACCCCCGGCCUGGUGUGGUCACCAAGGGCUUCCGGACGCUGGACGUUGACCUGGACGAAGUAUACUGCCUUAACGACUUUGAAGAAGAUGACACAGGGUGGUGCAGCAGCGGCCCGGCAGUCAGUGGUGACAUGCGGACAGCUCGCGGGUCCAGGCGUCCCUGUGCGCACCACCCUGGGAAGUGCAUGUCACAGACCAACUCCACCUUCACCUUCACCACCUGCCGCAUCCUGCAUCCUUCAGAUGAGCUCACUCGGGUCACACCAAGCCUUAACUCAGCCCCAACUCCAGCUUGUGGCAGCGCCAGCCACUUGAAGUCCACGCCGGUGGCCACACCAUGCACUCCACGGAGACUGAGCCUGGCCGAAUCCUUCACUAACGUCCGUGAGUCCACGACCACCAUGAGCACGUCCCUGGGGCUCGUGUGGCUGCUGAAGGAGCGGGGCAUUUCCGCGGCUGUCUAUGACCCGCAGAGCUGGGACAGGGCCGGCCGGGGCUCCCUCCUGCACUCCUACGCUCCCAGGAUGGCUGUGAUCCCCUCCACGCCGCCGAACUCGCCCAUGCAGACGCCCACGUCCUCCCCGCCCUCCUUUGAGUUCAAGUGCACAAGCCCUCCCUAUGACAACUUCCUGGCUUCCAAGCCGGCCAGCUCCAUCCUAAGGGAGGUGAGGGAAAAGAAGAACGUGCGCAGCAGCGAGAGCCAGACAGACGUGUCUGUCUCCAACCUCAACCUCGUGGACAAAGUCAGGAGGUUUGGGGUGGCCAAAGUGGUGAACUCAGGGCGAGCCCACGUCCCCACCUUGACUGAGGAGCCAGGGCCUCUCCUUUGUGGGCCCCCAGGGCCUGCACAAGCCCUUGUCCCUGGAGGCCUGGUACCCGAGGGCCUGCCUCUCGGAUGCCCCACAGUCACCAGUGCCAUCGGCGGGCUGCAGCUCAGCAGUGGCAUCCGACGGAAUCGUAGCUUCCCCACCAUGGUGGGGUCCAGCAUGCAGAUGAAAGCUCCCGUGACUCUCACCUCGGGCAUCUUGAUGGGUGCUAAGCUCCCCAAACAAACUAGCUUACGGUGAGGAUGGGAGGGGCCCCGUUGCCCUGGAGGAGACCAACACUCUCCCGUCCUGUGCCCCACCUCCCUCUCUUCCCCCCUCAGUGCACUCUCUUCUCUCUUCCUUUCUCCGUCCAUCCCCUCCUGAACUACACAAACCAACCUCGUGCCUAAUGGAGGGGGAGUGGAAACUCUGUAAAAUGUGUACAUAGGACUCGGAGAGCUCAUAUCUGCCCUGCUCUGUCUUCAGAUGCCACAGGAAGUGCCCCUGUGCUGUCACCACUCUCAUGAGGACGUCACCCCUGCUAACCUGGGGGCAGGUGGUGUCCUUUUCUUCUUUCCUUCCGAGAAGCACUGAAACUCCCACGUGUGUUCUUGUCCCGUGGAUAGGAAACCAGUGAAUUCCGUGGCUGACCACCUGUGUUGCACACUAUGAGCUGUCACGGCUCGGGUCGUGAUGCCUCUGGGUGCCGUUGGACACCUGGCCCUGCCCACCCACCCUGUGAGAGCGCGAGGAGCCUCCGUCCUCAGCCACGUGCAGCUGCUGUAGCGUUCACAGUCGGAGAGCUCUUCUUUCUUCCAUGGGUGGCCCAGCUUCUCCACGACCUUCACUGCUCUGCCUCAGCGGGCAGUCGUUUCUUUCUCGAGGUUUUCUUUCCAUGCCUUCAACUUGAAGUCAUCCUGUGUUUUGUAAUCAGCUGUCAGGCCAAACAUCUGGCCCGAAAGAGAAUGUAUUUACGCCCCUGCUGCGUUGUUCAGCAGCCCCAUCCGUGUUCUGUGUGAUUUGUUUUAUUUUUCCGGUUUUUUAUAUGCAGGGAAGUAACGGUACUGGUAGUGUAUGUUCUCUGUGUGGUUCUAUGACUCCGAAAUACAAAUUUCAAACACACCAAGCUGCUAAGGAGAUAGCGGCUUAUUUCUGGGACCCAGUGUCACAACCAAAUUGAUGUAGGACCAGACCCAAGACAACGUUGACAAUAGGAUUGAAAGGAAAGAGGGUAGGGAAAAAGCUUAUUAAAGACCUGUGUCAGCAGUAAACGUAAAGGGGAAGAACCACAACCAAAUGCAAUACCAGACUGGUUCAAGGGAGAAACGAGAUCUUGGCGUCCUCCCGGCCGCAGGCCUUACUCCGGAACUCGAGGGUGGCCAGUCAAGGCCCACGUGUUUUUCCCUCUUGUCUCAAAACAGUGAAUGGUCACCACAAAAUAUUUUCUCCCCUCAAAGCCUUUUGUCUCCUUGUGCCACUUUUUAUCCUUAGGAAAAGAUAGAGGUGCUUGUGAAAAGAACCACGAACAAACAAGGGAGCCUGGUCCUGUUGCUGUCGCCGGUUAAGUUUCAAACUUUUAUUUAUUGUUUGUGUGUGCCGUAUUUUAAACAAACAUCCUCUCCUCCCAGCUCCAGUCCCAGUGUGUCUGUGGCAUUCCAAUCCGAGCAGUUUAUUUAUUUAUUCUAAUCUGAGGACUGCACUUUCCAUCCCGGUGUUCCAUGACCACUUGUUCCAGACAUUUAUAGAAGGAAAACAUCCCGUGUAAAUGAAAUUGUCGUUCUGUGUCCUCCCCCCAGCAGAUGUGUCCUUCAGUUAAGUGAGGGCAACCUUAUGUCCACUGAGGAUACUCUGAGAAAGUCCCCAAGGAGCAAGCUUCAGUCCCAUGAUUUCAGACUAUUUAUUCUCUGAACACAAAGAGUGUUGGUUAAUUAUGAUCUCAGUUCUCCUCGCUGUUGUAUGUGUGCACUCACUGCAAGUAACUUAUAUCUUUUUAUUUGAAUGUAUUUUAAAGCAGUAGGUAGAAUAACAAAGGAAUAGGAAAACUAUGGACUGAAUGGACCACUUUAUGUAUUCAGAGAGAGGAGCCACCCAUCAUCACCAGAAAAACCGUGUAAAAAAUUGGCAAUUCGGAGGUUGCAGUCUUUAGUAUAGUAAAUAAACGAUCAACAUUAUGCAACCACUACCAAAAGUGUGUUGUAAUGCAUCAAAAAUCAACAAUAAAAUUUUACUCACUAAUGAGUAUCAAUAAAAUAAGUUCAAAUGAUGGAAACCA